AUGGUAGCCUUCUUCAAAUUUGGAUCUCAAUUGAAAGACCAAGUAAUUCACACAAUCCCAAUUAAAUAUCGUAAUCAAAUCGAAUCAACCCCACUUUUCAGCCAGAUCAAUCAGAAAUGGAAUCAAGCUGAACAAUUCUCUGAAACCUGCCAAAACAAACUUCGGAAUCUUCGACACUGUGUAGUACAGUUUAUAGAGGAUCAUGCUGAUAACGUGCCUCAAUGGGCUUCUGGUCCUGUAAAGGUUAUACGAAGAUUGUCAGCUGAUAUUGAAGGUAUUGAAGAAGAGCAAAAGUUGGUAAAAGAUAGAAUGGCAGAAUCUCGAAAGUUUCAGGAAGAGCUAGGGCUUAGUAAUAUAUACAACUUUCCUCAUAAACAGAAUGAUCACAGUUCUAAACACGAAACUUGGAUUUAAUAAAGCUUACUGUAUUUUUUCCAGCGCAAGUUGUAUAAUUUAGAAUGUAAAGAGGAGUGGUGAAGUUUUUUCAAAGGUAAAAGGAGAUGGCGAGGGUGUUGGCAAAGACCGUCAGAAGAAUUUGAUGUAACAGUUCCUAAUUAGUCUCAUACACAUAAUCCUGCUUCUCAAGCUACUAAGUCGUGAUGAAGUGCUUCUCAAGACUUCAGGACGUAGUCGGAACGCUGUGUAGACAAAGUAACCGAUUUAUCAUUGUUUUUGUGCCCUUAUCACUUUUCAUUUAUAUAUUUGAAAGGCUACAUCAAAACAGAAGCCGAAGUAUACUUCUCGCAGAAAUUAUUGACCAUACCUCUAACUUAUUAAGUUGGCAAGAAAAGAAUGUCGGAUUUUACCAGAUGGUUCUUUUUUUAUCUUAAUGAAUCAUAUGAUCCUGCACAGUAUGGCUAACUCCAAGGUAUUUGACAUGUUAUCGUGUAGUUUUUAAGUUUCUUCUUUUGCCGCUAACUUCUGAAUUCCAUCGUCAAGUUCCAGAUUCACGAGGGCAAAGACGCCGUUUAAGAAUCGCUGGAAUUAGUGUUUUACAUCGCGUUUCUUAUCUGUAACAGUGCAAAAUGUCAUGUGAAUGUUCCGAGUCGUCGCGGUUGGUUUGUGGCCAAGUUUGACAUCGUAUAAAAAAUGGCGUAACUCUAUCUUUCCUAACAACUUUCAAAGCCCAAAUAAAAAAAAUACAAAAUUCAGGGUGUUUUAAGAAAUUUGUAACUUUUGAAAAAUUUAAAAGUCAUGACAAACAGAUCAAACGAUAGCCUAAAACCUUGUCUUUCAAACAAUAUAAAACUCAAUAACAACAUGUUGUUUCGUUUUUGCUCCAAGCGACGUUUCGUCGCCGGCAUUAAAAUCCUUAAAAUAAGGUUAUAAUUUGUUUAUUUACUAUAACUUUUGUAAAGGUUUUUCUACAUUUUUGGUAGUUUACUACGUUGAUAAUGCGUUGUUGUUUACAUUUGUAUUAGUUUUCAAGCAUAUCGGCCAUUCCGGGAAAAGGUUAUAAAGCGUUUUUAAGAGCGGUUACGAUUAUGAACAACACUGUAAAUAAUUUUGUAUGUAUGCGUUUGCAAAAACCUGACUUAGAACAACCUAUAUUUAUUUCGAACCAUGCUUUCAAAUUUUGCUUCGUAGGUUUGAACUGUCAAAUAUAUUUACUCGAUUCAAAUUACAUAUUUCCUCUGGGCUAUGAACUAAAUGUCAGCUUAAACCACUAAUAAUCAACAAAGUAAGAAGCUUAUACGAAGAAUAUCAUUUAUAUAUAAUGAGAAUUGAGUUCGUGUCAGCAUUUAUUAUGCUCGACAUGUGUUGCUUUAUAGUUUCUCUGUUUUGUGUAAAAUAUUUUUACAAUAUUAUUACAGUACAGUUCAUAAUAACUACUUUCCAAAAAACUAAAGCUAGAGCUAGAGCUAGAGCUAGAGCUAGAGCUAGAGCUAGAGCCAGAGCUAGAGCUAGAGCUAGAGCUAGAGCUAGAGCCAGAGCUAGAGCUAGAGCUAGAGCUAGAGCUAGAGCUAGAGCUAGAGCUAGAGCUAGAGCCAGAGCUAGAGCUAGAGCUAGAGCUAGAGCUAGAGCUAGAGCUAGAGCUAGAGCUAGAGCUAGAGCUAGAGCUAGAGCUAGAGCUAGAGCUAGAGCUAGAGCUAGAGCCAGAGCUAGAGCCAGAGCUAGAGCUAGAGCUAGAGCUAGAGCUAGAGCUAGAGCUAGAGCUAGAGCUAAAGCUAGAGCUAGAGUUAGAGAUAGAGCUAGAGUUCUGA